AACCUGCCUGUUGCAAAUACAUGUAUCCACCAUCAAAUGGUUAAAAAAAAUCACAUUACAAUAUUGUGUAAUUUUAUAAUACAACUGUCUUUUGACUGUAUUGGAUAAAAUGUUUAGAUUUAAGAAACAGCAGAAAAAAAAAGUUAGGAAACUGCUGGUAAUAUACACUUUUAAGUGUCUCUGAUGUCAUCAUUCUAACAACUGAUUCAAUGUCAAUGUCAUCUUAUCAUGUGAUCAAUUUUAUACUUCAUGCAUACAAUUUUUGUUCUAGUACUGGAACAUCCAGAUCAAGAAGAAAUUCCUGAAGUUAUGGAAAUAGACAAAUUUGACAAAGAAGCAAUUACAGUUGCACCUUUGUUGGUGUUUGACUUAGAAACCACAGGCCUUAGUAGAUCAUCUGAUAUUAUACAACUUGCAGCUUGUUCAAAAGACAGCACUUUUGAUACCUACAUCUUACCAAGCCAACCAAUAUCAAAAGAAGCCACCAACAUCACAAAGAUCACAGUGCGUGGAAACAAUAUGCUGUACAAUUCAAAACCAGUCAACUUUAAAUAUCCACAUCAAGCUCUUACUGAUUUCAUUACAUUUCUGUCAGAAUUUUCAUGUAAACCAAUUCUUGUUGGACACAAUAUCAAGAGAUUUGACUGUCAUAUUUUGUACAAUGCCUUAAGAUUUUAUAACAUGUACUCAGAAUUUUGUAGCCAUAUAAUUGGAUUUGUAGAUAGUUUGGAUGUAUUUAAACAUGUUGUUCCUGGACUAAGUUCUUAUAGUCAGACAAAUCUUGUUGACACACUUCUUGAUGAAACCUAUGCUGCUCAUACUGCCUUAGAGGACACUAGACUAUUAUUUAGAUUAAUCACUUGUACAUCACAAGGAAAUGUUAUAUCUGAUAACAUCACAGAUUUUAUUUUUUCUUCCAACUAUCCACAUAACUGUCACAUGCAUCAAGAUAAUUUAACAACUUUUAGUGAGGCUAUUAACUGUAAAGCUUUAUCUAAAGCCACAGCUUUGAAAGCUGCACGUUCUAAUUUAAGGUUGUGUCAUUUAAAAUUAUCUAUUGAAAGAAAUGGAUUAGAUGGUUUACGCGCACUGUUGUCCGAACUUACGAAUCAAGGAAAAGUGCGUGUAACCAGUUGUAAAAAGAUUAUUCAAAAGAUGUAUGACUUUUUGACUCCUGAAAGUUAAGGUGGCUUGGACAAUUUUAAACUUACUAUGAUAAAAAUUGCUUUUUUAAAUAUUUUUAAAUUCUAAGUGAUAUAUUUAUAUAUAUAUAUAAUAGGUGCAUUGUUCAUUUAUGCUCACAAUCACUCCUUAUAAGUAGUAUACACUUUUUUGUUUUAAACUUAUUAGAAAAAUAGAUUUAUUGAUGAAUAAAACUAAAAACAGACAUGACCUACAAAAAUUUCCAAAAUAUUUGGUCUAAUAGUUUAUCAGUAUUUAUGAUUAUAAACCAGAUAUAAGGGAAUGCAUAACAGUUUUGAUAAAAAUAAUAAUGUUGAAUUUUUUGGCCAAAACUUUUUUUGUCCUAAGCCCCCUUACAUAUAUAUUAAUAUACAUAUUGUGUGUGUUGUUCUUUCUGAUUAGAUGAUAUCUUGAAUUCCAUGUAUCAUUAUAACAAAUAUCAUCACUUUUGUUAUGAAUAAACAAAAAUGAAAAUAAAAGAAGGGAAAUAAAAUAUAUGUGUGCUUCCUAUUUCUUUGUAAAAAAAAGGGUUGUAUCUAUUUUUGAACAAUAUUUCUAAAUCCUUUUCACAGUCUUGAUUCCAUAAAUAUAAGUUUCAACAGAAAAGUUUUAAUAUUAGUUUGUUUGAAAAAUAAAACAAAUUUUACAAAAUGCUGAGAACUUUCAGGCUUGAAAGGGUUCAUCAUAGAUUGGUUAAGAAAUCCGAAACACACACAUAUUUUUAUAUGGCCUCACUUUAAAAUUGGAAUGUGGUUU